CUCCCCCCCCCGCCGCCCGGAGCUGGGCAGGGCUCCGGGUCCCUCCCUCCCCCCCGCGGGCUGGGACCGGGGCCGGGCAAGGCGGGGCCGGCGCGGGGCUCCCUCGCCAGGAACUUUCCGGCCCGGCAGAGCGGGGAGCGCGGGGCUGAGCCAUGAGCCGGCCCGACCUGGACACGCACCGGCUGGCGCUGCUGGCCGCCAAGGAGGACAUCGCGGGCCGCCGCGCCUCCGCCGGCUGGGCCAUCUUUGCGUAUGGGAAGCACAAUGAGCUGAAGCUCCUGGACUCGGGAGCCGGCGGGGCAGAGGAGCUGGCCAGGAAGUUCUCCAGCAGCAACGUCAUGUACGGCCUAUGCCGCGUCCCGGACCCCGGCUCCGAGCAGCCCCGCGUUGUCCUCAUCAACUGGGUGGGGGAGAAGGUGCCGGAGUCCUACAGACAGACCUGUGCGGGGCAUCUGCCUGCCAUCAAGGCCUUCUUCAAGGAGGCCAGCCUGGUGCUGAGCGCCCGCCGCCCCGAGGAGGUGACGCAGGAGGGGCUCCACCACGUGCUGUCCCGGCUCGCGCCAGCAGGGGGCAGCGUCCCCAGGCGAGCACCAGCCAGCAGCUCUGAGGAACUGGUGGGCACCAACUACAGAAAAACGAACCCUGCCCUGGAGAUCCGCAGGACCAAACGGGACUCGUUCUGGGCGCAGGCCGAGAGGGAAGAGGAGCAGCGGAAGGAGGAGGAGCGCCGGCGGCUGCUGGAGGAGCGCAGGCGCUGGGAACGUGAGCGCAUGGAGGAGGAGAAGAGAGAGGCGGCUGAGCGAGAGCGCAAGUUCAAGGAGAAGGAGAGGCUGAUCGAGGAGCAGAGGAAGGAGCAGGCGCGGCUGGAGGCCGAGGAGCGGAGGAAGGAGAAAGCCCGAUGGGAGCAGCAGCAGCGGGAGCACGAGGAGGCCAUGCGGGACCGGUUCCGGCGCAGCGAGUCCAUCGAGAAGGCAGUGGAGGCGGCCACGCUGGUCUCCCAGCGCUCACAGAAUCCCCGGGAGUUCUUCAGGCAGCGGGAACGCUCCAGCUCCACUUCGGGUGCCCAGUCGCCCCCCUCGCCCCUGGGUGUCAGGCCAGGAGCACCCCACAGGCCCUACCUGCGCUACCAGCGCAGCCUGACUGAGUCUGCCUACAUCUUCCGCCGGCCAGAGCCCCCCGCUUCGCCGGGUGACUUCCUCCCGGCCCCCUCCAGCCCUCGCACCGAGUCCCGCUCCAGCACGGCUGCCCCUCCUGCCAGUCCACGCAGACCCACACCCCUGCCCCCCGCCAGCCUGCCCAGGGCCAAACCCCUGCCCCCCACAAGCCCGCCCGGGACAGGGCCCUUGUCCCCCACCAGCCCGCCAUGGGCCAAACCCCUGCCCCCCACCAGCCCGCGCGGGACAGGGCCCCUGCCCCCCACCAGCCCGCCUUGGGCCAAACCCCUGCCCCCCACCAGCCCGCCCAGGACAGGGCCCCUGCCCCCCACCAGCCCGCCCAGGACAGGGCCCCUGGCCCCAGCUAUUCAGCCCAGGACCAAAGAUCUGUUCCACAUCAGUCCAGAUGGAACCAUGACUCUGCCUCCAAUCAGCCUGGCUGAACCCAGGUCUCCACCCCCUGCCCCCUCUGCCAGAGCCAGGUCUCCACCCCCUGCCAGCCCUCCCAGAGCUGGGUCUCCACCCCCUGCCCCCUCUGCCAGAGCCAGGUCUCGACCCCCUGCCAGCCCUCCCAGAGCUGGGUCUCCACCCCCUGCCCCCUCUGCCAGAGCCAGGUCUCCAUCCCCUGCCAGGCCUUCAUCCCCUGCCCCCUCUGCCAGAGCCGGAUUUCCAUCCCCUGCCAGCCCUCCCAGGGCCGGGUCUCCACCCCCUGCCAGCCCUCCCAGAGCUGGGUCUCCAACCCCUGCCCCCUCUGCCAGAGCCGGGUCUCGACCCCCUGCCAGCCCUCCCAGAACUUGGUCUACAUCCCCUGCCCCCUCUGCCAGAGCCAGGUCUCCAUCCCCUGCCAGGCCUUCAUCCCCUGCCCCCUCUGUCAGAGCCGGGUUUCCAUCCCCUGCCAUCCCUCCCAGAGCUGGGUCUCCAUCCCCUGCCAGCCCUCCACCCCCUGCCAGCCCUCCCAGGGCCGGGUCUCCACCCCCUGCCAGCCCUCCCAGGGCCGGGUCUCCACCCCCUGCCCCCUCUGCCAGAGCCGGGUCUCCACCCCCUGCCCCCUCUGCCAGAGCCGGGUCUCCACCCCCUGCCAGCCCUCCCAGGGCCGGGUCUCCACCCCCUGCCCCCUCUGCCAGAGCCGGGUCUCCACCCCCUGCCAGCCCUCCCAGAGCUGGGUCUCCAUCCCCUGCUAGCCCUCCACCCCCUGCCAGCCCUCCCAGGGCCGGGUCUCCACCCCGUGCCAGCCCUCCCAGGGCCGGGUCUCCACCCCGUGCCAGCCCUCCCAGAGCCGGGUCUCCACCCCCUGCCCCCUCUGCCAGAGCCGGGUCUCCACCCCCUGCCAGCCCUCCCAGGGCCGGGUCUCCAACCCCUGCCCCCUCUGCCAGAGCCGGGUCUCCAACCCCUGCCCCCUCUGCCAGGGCCGGGUCUCCAUCCCCUGCCAGCCCUCCCAGGGCCGGGUCUCCAUCCCCUGCCAGCCCUCCCAGAGCCGGGUCUUCUCCACCCCCUGUCUUUCCCAGAGCUGGGUCUCCACCCUCUGCCAGCCCCCCAUGCCCUGUCAGCCCUCCCAGAGCCGGGUCUCCACCUCUUCUCUCUCUACCCCUGGCUAGCCCCCCUUCCCCAGUGUCUCUGUCCCCCAGCAUCCCCCAUGGGGUGGGGUCUCCAAACCAGCCCCCAGCUAUAUUUCCGCCCAUGGAGGAGGCUCCCCUAUUGCUCCAGGGCCCCUCUGAGGGCUCCCUCCUGGCAGAGUCGGUGCCCACUGAGGGGCCCCACGACCGGCUCCCAGAUGUGCAGACUGGGCCUCUUGCUGAUCCCACUCGCCCAUCACUGGCCGUGGGGCAGCCUGCUCCAAGCUGCCCGGUUCUCUCCAGCGCAGGUUCCCUCUCCGUGGAACCUCUGCCCCAGCCAGCGCCCUCCUGGCCCUGGCAGCCCGGCCCCUCCACAGCUGCAGCCCCCCUGCCUGGCGAGGACCCCGGGGCAGGUGGAGAGGCACGGGUGGAGCCCUCCCACGGGCCUUGCCUGGCGCCAGGGGCCAGCCCGGCCGAGCUCCUCCUGGAGUCAGGACACAACGGCAUAGCAGGGCAGGAGGCCAGGAGGUGGCCAGAGCUCACGGAGCUGGAGCUGGAGCUGGAGCCAGGAGAGAAGGGCGCCCUGAGCGGCGGUGCCAAGCUCCAGCUGCAAGCGGCGUGGGAUCCCCCCGCAGGGGGCACAGCCUGGGUCUCUCUGCAAGGCGGCGCCAGGCAGGUGGCGCUGGAGGGGGGGGAGGCCGUCGCAGGCCCCUCCCCCCCCACGGCAUAGAAAGCGGGGGCUGCCGGACCCCAGCACUCGCCUCAUCCCACAGGGCCAGCGUGGGCUCGGCUUUACUGACUGCGACUCGCCGCAGGGCUGCUCGGAUCGCGCCCCCCGGGGCUGUUCUAAGAACCAGCAAUUCCCCCCCACACACGCUCUGGGGGUGCCUGUGGGCCCAACCCCUGCACUCUGAACCCCUGGCACCCUGUUCUCUGCUCGCUGGGUGAGCCCCCAACCCACCACGGUACCCUGGGUCCUGGGCUGUGGCCUCCAAGGCCUAAUAAAGGAGCUGUGGGAACUUGC